AUGGCGGCAGUGAAGAGAAACCCUGUCGCUGCGUUCAAACUGUGGUUAAGAAAACUGAGGAUCUUCAGGAGGAAGACUUCGUCCCGUGCCAAAACCAACAAUGGCGGUGUUCAUCUCGCCGAAGAAGGCCAAUUGAUGCCAAUGCUGCCAGACGACAUCGUUUUCGACAUACUUUCCCGAUUACCAAUCAAUGCUCUUUAUCAAUGUCGGUUGGUCUGCAAAUCUUGGCAUUCCGCCAUUGAUUCUCCUCUUCUUUCAAAGCUGCACGUUAGUAGGACUGUAACGAGAGAGGACGCUCGCACGGCACUGAGUCUCUUGCUAAUUGAACGAAGCCCAAACCCUUACCGUUGUUGUCGACUUUUCCUGCUCGAAUCCGGCAACAAUGGCAGCGAUUCCACGGUUAGGGAUAGUGACGGUAACCUUCUUAUGGUCAAUAAUCUUAAUGUUGCUCCGGUUAAAUCGCAGUUCAAUCGGAGAAUAUCUGAGCUCGACAUCGCGGGUUCUUGCAACGGUUUGCUCUGUUUGUUAGAUCCAAUCGAGAAUAUUCCCGUUUACGUCGUUAAUCCUGUUACUGGCGCUCACGCUGUCCUCCCUGUUCCGGCCAAUCUCUGCCGGGGACGGGUUCGGGUUUCGCCCGUCAUCAUGCCCGGGUUCGGGUUCGACCCGGAGACGAGCGAGUUCAAAGUGGUAUUUAUCUCUCAUUGGCCAAGCUUCUUGGAGAACCAGUCUCUUCAAUUGACCGCUCAAGUCUUGACCAUUAAUGGAUCUGAUUCGUCUGAAGCUGGUUCAUGGAGGAGAGCAGGGAACGUGGGCUAUCCCCUUCGCGGCCAUAACAACCCUAUCUUUGUUAGCGGAGCUCUUCAUUGGCUAACUGCUAACUACAGAGAUUCCAAGAUUAUUGACCUCAUCGUAAGCUUUCAAAUCGGAAGAGAAACCUUUAAAGCUGUACCAGCUCCAAAGGUUUACAGGCCUGGAAGCAGAGACACAGUAACUGGAACUGCUGUGUCUUGGUCUUCAGAAUGGGUGGAUUUAACAGAAAUAGGGGGCUGUCUUUCAAUCGUUGACAAGAAGUUUUGUGAUCGUUUAGUGAUUUGGGUGAUGGAGGAGUAUGGAGAUGGAGAUUCAUGGGCGAAACACGUUGUGUUAAAAUCACCAUUGAUGAAGCUUGAUUGGUUGUAUGUGAAGCCAUUUGGUUUUGUUGGGAAGGGAGAGGUAUUGGUUCUUGGUGAUCUCAAAGGUCUGGUUCUUUAUGAUUUUGUAAAGAAGAGCUUCAAGAAGUUGAAGAUUCAAGGGACCUCAACUCCUCUUGUUUCUCAUCUGCAUUUUGGUAGCCUUGUCUCACCGAAGGUAAAGUUUUGA